AAGCUUGUAAAGUGUGAGAGGGCUUCUGGCUCUUCAGGCCUGGUCGGUGCUGUGGGUGAGGACUGGAGGCGUUUUGUGGCAUACGAAGGGGCUGGGGAGCCUCUUGGGCUGGCGAUGCACCGGGUCUGCCUUUUGAGACCCUCAAAAGUGACAUGCUGGACCUGCAUUUCGGCUGUAGCAGGAGGCGGUGGCUUGGUUUAAGAGCGAGCUGGGUCUAAAAGUGUUUUAUUUCUGCACCGAGCAUUGCAGGUAGAGUGUGCAAAGCUGUAAGGUUGCACCAGGAAGCUGCUGUGAGGCCCGUGCCAGCCAAACCCAUCCGGUUGUGAGCAACAGGGGCGGGAUGCCGAGCGGCACAUGCCGGAGAAGCCGUUUCCCCCAGGCCAUGCUUUAGCCCUGGCCAUCUGGUCAUUCACAUAGCCCUCGCUUGGAAGCAGAGAGCUGGCAGGAUCUGAAAGUUAAUGUUUUGUGGUUGAGAGGUAUCAAGAUUCAUCCAGGUUUUGGCAGCACCAGCUGUUUAGGGAGAGGCUGUGGUUCUGCCGGCCCCGCUGGAGGGACGGGGGGCGUUUGGUGAGGAGCUGUGCGGUGGCUCGGCUGCUGAGCACAGCUGUCUGUACGACACAGCAAGGGAAGAUUGCGAUGAUGAUUUGCAUCUCAUGGCUGGAGUCUAUUAAGUCACUAUUUUUAGCAAGAUGUUUCCUCCGGUGCGUCCGAGCGUCUAAUAUUUGCCGCUGUCAAACUGACCUAGUGGCAGUCAGUGGGUUGUUUCGUUCCCCGGCAGAGUUCCGUGGGCUUUUCUUCCUGUGACUGAAAGCAACUGCUGCUUGAUGAGUCUUUGGGCCUUUGCAGAAAAUGUUUGUGACUUUUAAAACGGCAGGCAAAAGAGAGAAGUGUGUGGGUGGAUUUUUUUGUGACGUGGUCAGAAACAUUUCAGCUUGCACCUAGUUCUGUUCAACUCAACGGUGGGGGAAAUGGGGAAGGGCUGGUGUCACCCCGAGAAAUGCUUCUGGGAAGGGAACGCUGUUAAAGGACUAGUUGGAAAUGUUUUCUCUCAUCAGUGGGAGUCGAUCUUCGAAAACAUUCAAACCCAAGAAGAACAUUCCCGAAGGCUCCCAUCAGUAUGAACUCUUGAAACAUGCGGAAGCGACGCUGGGGAGCGGUAACCUCAGACAAGCAGUUAUGCUGCCGGAGGGAGAGGACCUGAACGAGUGGAUCGCAGUUAACACGGUGGAUUUCUUCAACCAAAUCAACAUGCUCUACGGGACCAUUACGGAGUUCUGCACGGAGGCGAGCUGUCCAGUCAUGUCUGCGGGGCCAAGGUACGAGUACCACUGGGCGGACGGCACUAACAUAAAGAAGCCGAUCAAGUGCUCGGCUCCGAAGUACAUCGAUUACUUGAUGACGUGGGUGCAGGACCAGCUGGAUGACGAGACGCUCUUCCCUUCGAAGAUCGGCGUCCCUUUUCCCAAGAACUUCAUGUCGGUGGCCAAGACGAUCCUGAAGCGGCUGUUCCGGGUGUACGCCCACAUCUACCACCAGCACUUCGAUUCCGUCAUGCGGCUGCAGGAGGAGGCCCACCUCAACACCUCCUUCAAGCACUUUAUCUUCUUUGUGCAGGAAUUCAACUUGAUUGACAGGCGGGAGUUGGCUCCUCUGCAGGAACUGAUUGAGAAGCUGGGCUCCAAGGACAGAUAAAACUUGCCCUGGGAGGACCCUUUGGGCUGCUCCUUUCCGCUUCGUACGCCAGCCACUUCUACGCUUCGCCUUCAGCGACGCCAAGCCCCGAGACGCCGGACGACGCUCUGAGCGGCACCGGGCUGGGAGGCCAAGCGUCGCCCCUCCCGCACCGCUGCAGCCUGUGGUGUUUGAAAAGCCCGUGGCCACGCUGCGCUGACUCGCCCUGCGUACUCCGACGGGUUUUCUAGGCUCUGUGCUCGAGUCCGAAGGCAGGACUCGGCCGCAGAGCGGGUUUUGUUCUCCGGGGGCAUGGGGGUGAAGCUCAGCGCGCUGCGUGACUGUUUCCUACUCCCAGAGGCAACGUUUUCCUCCGGCCCCCACGGACACAGCCCAGUAGGGCCAAGCCCAGCGUCCGCUUCCCCUGGGCGAGAGUGGAGUGGCUCAGCUUAUUUUUUUUUUUUUUUUUUUUUUUUUUCGGAUGAGAGGUGCACUUAGAGCCUUAAACUCCCCUCAGCAGCAGCAACAGUGUUGUGGGGGGAGGAAAAGAAGUGCCUGGCCUGAGGGGAUCCUGUCCCUGGGCUGGAAGAGCAGCAGUGGGGGGCUGAGGGAGGGACCCUGCUGUGUGGCAAGGCAAUAAUAAUAAAAUUUCUCCUUCCUGCUCUUCUUUCAGAGGAUGAGGGGGUGUCUCAACUUCUUCCCCGCCCUCCCCCUGCCUCCUCCCAGCCCCACACAGGUGCCUUAAACGCAGCCUUUGGAUGUUUUUAGGUAAGAAGGUAGUUUUUGCGUGUCGCCACAGAGCCCUGCGGGCACCUCUCAGGGAGAGCAUCUUUAUUGUCGGGUCAGCGGCAGG